AUGGGUUCCGUAACCCCCUCUUUCCCGGUUUUGACAGACCCCCGUCCCGAAGAUCACUCCCUCCCCGCCUUCAUGGUCUCCACGACCCGGGGCUUCCUCCCCCGCGCAGACCCCAUCGUCACCCUCCCCCCCGAAUUCUCCGCCCUUGAAUCCCUCCUCCAGCGCAUGCCAAUCCGCACCGCCUCGGGCGAGCCGGGUCUUCUUGCACAGGGAAAAUUCGGGGAGGCAGUCGAGACCGAGUUGCCGGACUUGACUGAGGAAGUAGAGAAGUAUAAGCAUGAUCUUCCGAUGGUGAAUGCCCUGUAUAGGGACUAUAGUUUCGUGGCGAGUGCCUAUCUGCUUGAGCCCUGUCAUCUAAGGUGGUUGAAAGGAGAGGGGUAUGGGUUGGGAAGGGAGAGGUUGCCUAGGCAGGUGGCUAGGCCUAUUUGGAAGUGUGCUGAGAUCUGCAAAUUCCAACCCUUCAUGGAAUACGCAGGCUCCUAUGCCCUUUACAACUACCGCCUGGUUGACCCCUCGCUCGGCCUCUCGGAUCCCACCAACGUCCGCCUGAUCCGCGCCUUCGAGCACGGCCUGGACCCCUCCUCCUCCGAAGCAGGCUUCGUAUUAGUCCACAUCGAAAUGGCGAAGCACUCCGGCCUGCUGGUCUCUGCCGCGCUGGACGCGCUCGCAGCCUGCUCCUCCCAGCCUCCCUCGCGCACACAGCUCAACACUGCCCUGUCCAACAUGGAAUCAGCCCUCAAGACGAUCAACGCGGCGAUGGAGACCAUGUGGGCUCGUUCGAAGCCGAUGGAGUAUACCUCCUUCAGGACCUUCAUUUUCGGCAUCACCUCGCAACCAAUGUUCCCCAACGGGGUAAUCUACGAAGGCGUGGACGAGUUCGAGGGCAAGCCUCAACGCUUCCGCGGCGAGUCUGGCGCAAACGACAGCAUGGUUCCCCUCGUCGACAAUCUGCUAGGUGUAGAAAUGCCCGACACCCCUCUGACCGCCAUCCUGAAGGACUUCCGCCGGUACAGACCGAGCAACCACCGCGAGUUCCUCGAGUGGGUUAAAGACGCAGCCGAGACCGCCAACCUCAAGAAGUGGGCUCUCGAGACGGAUUCGGAGGAGGGAUACCUCGAGACGCGCGCCCUGUGGCUGAAGGUGUUGCACCAAAUCCGCGAUUUUAGGUGGCGACAUUGGUGCUUUGCACGGGAGUAUAUCAUCAAGAGGACGAUGCAUCCCACUGCGACGGGCGGUAGUCCGAUUGUGACGUGGCUGCCGAAUCAGCUAGGGGCAGUGUUGGAUGAGAUGGAGAGGUUAUAUGGGAAAUUUGGGGGCGAGGAGGCGAAACUGGGGGCGGAGGUGGAUGGGAUUAUGGAUUUAGUCAGACGGCAGAGGGAUAUGCUUGCCAAGGAGGUGAGGAAGUUUUGUGAGGAGAGGGGGGUUAAGGAGUAG